AUGCCUUUGUAAACGUUUAAAGUCGGAUCCUCACACAGUAUCCGAUUUUAGUUUUAACAUAAUAAAAAGGAAAUCAACCAAGCAUGUCGAAAAAGAAAGUGAAAUCUAAGGAGGAUUUUAUUAAUGAGCCUAAAGUUGUGGCUCUUCCAGGCCAAACUUAUUCUUAUGGACAGACCCCUGCUGCUCUUUGCAGGCAGCAUUUUAAGGAAAUUGCAGAGCAUCUUAAUAUGAGUGUUGAAGAACUGGCUAGAGGUGUUCUUGACAAGUCAGUUGGUGAUCAGUUGACGAUGCUGAAAGAUUUUUACAAGAGCAAAUUUCAAGAAACAGAUGCUAUCUAUCAACCACUUUUAGAGCUUUAUUCAUCUAAAGAAGAAAAAACUGAUGAAUCACCAGAAAAAUCUUCACCCCAAAAGAGAAAAACCAGUGAAGCACCUGCUGUCGCUGUGAGGAAAAAGAAAGUGUGCCCUUUAAUUUUGUCGAGUGAAAGCGAGACUGAGGACAAAACAAACAAAGCUGAUGUAAAGUCAUCAAAUAAAACAAGACGACAAGAUGUAAAAACCACGAUUAAACGACCCACCGCUGCGAAUGCGACAUUAUCAAAAAUCCAGAAUUCCAUUGAAGCUACAAUAGCUUAUACUGAAACUUCCACGACAGAAGAUAGCUCAGUAAAGCCCCUAAUUCAAGAGCCAGUGAUUGCUGAUUUUAACCCAGACAAACCAGAAGAAAUUAAAGAGAUAAUAUCAAAGACUACAAAUGAAGCACACUCGAAUCGGCCGAAUAUCAUCAAAGAAUCAACCAAAGAACCUAAAACUGUGAUAGAUGUUGUUGCUGGACCAUCGAAGACGACAACAACUGAAGAAGAAGAUUUCGAAACUUUCUUGUUCGGUAAAAGUCCUGCAAAAUCAAAACCUCCACCCAGAAAGAAACUCCAACAACGUUCGCUAGAAGCGCUUUCUCAGCCGACUCCUGAACGGACAAGACCUUUUACAUUUGAUGAAUUCGAUAGCCCUCCAUCAUCUCAGUAUUCCACUCCGGGACUGAGUACUUUUGAAUCGACAUGUUGUAGCCCUUCGUCUCGUCAACGAGAUCUUCUUUCGGUAGCUCGAGAUAUCGCCGCCCUCCAAAGAGUUGUCGCUUCCGGGAAGAAACUCGGUGAUUCCGUAUCAGUUUCAGAUACAAUUAAAUUUACAAAUUAAAACAGAUAAAGUUAAGAUCUCAAAUUUUUUUAUGUGUUUAUUUA